AUUGGCAUGCAUGGAUCUACACAACUCGUGGAUGGUUAUACUAAUUGCAAGCCUGCAUUGUGGAAUCUUUAGGGGAAUGGAUGUUGGAAGCUGGAGCUCUUGUUUUGGCAGAUGGAGGAUUGUGUUGCAUAGAUGAAUUUGAUAGCAUGAGGGAGCAUGAUAGAGCAACAAUACAUGAAGCCAUGGAGCAGCAGACAAUAAGUGUUGCCAAGGCUGGUCUUGUAACAACACUCAGCACUAGAACAACUGUAUUUGGUGCCACAAAUCCCAAGGGACAAUAUGAUCCUGAUCAACCUCUGUCUGUCAAUACAACACUCUCUGGUCCUUUAUUAAGCAGGUUCGAUAUUGUCCUUGUUCUAUUGGAUACAAAAAAUCCUGAUUGGGAUGCAGUGGUUUCAUCUCAUAUUCUUUCUGAGGCAGAAUCGGAUAGCACCAAUAAUGACGAAGAUCUCGUAAAUAGCUGGCCACUUGCUACACUCAAGAGGUACAUACAAUAUGUGAAAGAACAUUUCAGACCAGUCCUAACGAGAGAGGCUGAAAUAGUUAUAUCCAGCUAUUAUCAACUUCAAAGGAAAUCUGCAACUCAUAAUGCAGCUAGAACAACUGUCCGCAUGUUGGAAAGUUUGAUACGCCUAGCACAAGCCCAUGCAAGACUGAUGUUCAGAAAUGAGGUGACUCGACUAGAUGCCAUAACAGCUAUUUUAUGCAUAGAAUCAUCCAUGACUACCUCAGCUAUCGUGGAUUGCAUUGGGAAUGCUUUGCAUUCCAAUUUUGCUGACAACCCUGAUCAGGAAUAUGCGAAGCAAGAAAUAUUGAUCCGACAAAAAUUGAAUAGUGUGGAGAGUGAAAGCUAAGAAAGGAAAAAGAAAUGGAAGAGUCGUGUAGUAUAAGUGGUUCCUUAUGGUGGCCUAUGCUAUUUUUGUUACAGUGGAUAUGAUUUCAUUAGCCUUUUUUGAACACUUUUGAGAUGUAUACUUGACACUAUGCUUACACAAGCUAUCGAAUUAUCUUCUUUCCUUCCUGCUGUAUAUAGUUGUGAAUAAGUUGACAGUGUUACAAAGGUUCCAGAAGUUUCUCACAACUUAUCAAGUGUCAACUUGUGGCAAAAUCAAUUGCUUAUAAUUUUGUAUCGCUUGAAAAAGAAUAGCACAAAUGCAUGUGUUUGAUUUCAUGUUGGAUUAUUCAAGAUGACGUUGAAAUAUCAAUUAUUUAACACUAUCUGAAGUAAAAAUGUAUAACAUGUUUG